GGCGGGCGGCCGAGGCGCCCUCGGAGCCCAGUGCCAGGCUGGGAGGAGGAGGCGGAGGAGGAGGCGGAGGAGGAGACGCGCGACGGGGAUCCGGCCCGGAGGCGCGGAAUGGAGGAGGAGAUGCAGCCGGCGGAGGAGGGGCCCAGCGUCCCCAAAAUCUACAAGCAGCGCAGCCCCUACAGCGUUCUCAAGACGUUCCCCAGCAAGCGCCCGGCGCUGGCCAAGCGCUACGACCGACCCACCCUGGUGGAGCUGCCGCCGGUGCGGCCGCCGCCCCCGCCGCCCUUCGCUCCCCACGCCGCCGUCUCCAUCAGCAGCAGCGAGCCGCCGCCGCUGCCGCCGCCGCCGCCGCUGCCGCCGCCGCCGCCGCCGCCGCCGUACCCGACGCAGACUUCCUACCCGCCCGCGUCCGGCCGGGCCGCCGCCGCCGCCGCCUCGUCGUCGUCGCCCUCCUGCGCGCCCGCCGCGUCCCAGGGCCACCUGAGGACUCCGGCGCCGCCGCCGCCGCCGCCCCCGGCCCCCGCCGCCUCGUCGUCGUCCUCCUUCGCCGCCGUCGUCAGGUACGGCCCCGGCCCACCGGUGGCCGCGGGCGGCAGCCUCGGGGCUAGCGACAGCGCCAGUCUGGAACUCAGCGCAGAGAGUCGUAUGAUCUUGGACGCUUUUGCUCAGCAGUGCAGUCGUGUUCUUAGUCUCUUAAAUUGUGGAGGAAAACUUCUGGACUCCAACCAUUCUCAAUCCAUGAUUUCUUGCAUAAAGCAAGAAGGCUCUAGUUAUAAUGACAGACAAGAGCCAUGUCACAUUGGGAAAGGGGUCCACAGCCAGACCUCAGACAAUGUCGACAUAGAGAUGCAAUAUAUGCAAAGGAAACAACAAACUUCUGCCUUUUUGAGAGUUUUCACUGACUCCCUCCAGAAUUACCUGCUCUCGGGGAGCUUCCCGACUCCAAACACAUCAUCAGUCAGUGAGUACAGCCACCUGGCUGAUGUGGAUCCUCUUUCAACCUCCCCUGUGCAUACGCUGGGUGGCUGGACUUCUCCAGCAACAUCCGAAUCCCAUGGUCACCCAUCCUCUUCUACACUGCCCGAGGAGGAAGAAGAGGAAGAGGAAGGCUACUGUCCUCGAUGCCAAGAGCUGGAGCAGGAGGUUAUUUCACUGCAACAGGAAAAUGAAGAGCUCAGAAGGAAGCUAGAGAGCAUCCCAGUGCCCUGCCAGACCGUUCUAGAUUAUCUGAAGACAGUGCUACAGCACCACAACCAGCUCCUGAUGCCACAACCUGCUGACCAGCCAACUGAGGGAAGCAAGCAGCUGUUGAACAACUAUCCUGUCUACAUAACGAGCAAACAGUGGGAUGAGGCUGUAAAUUCUUCAAAGAAAGAUGGGCGACGGCUCCUGCGAUACCUCAUCAGAUUUGUUUUCACAACCGAUGAGCUUAAGUACUCAUGCGGCCUUGGGAAAAGGAAAAGGUCAGUGCAGUCAGGAGAGACAGGUCCUGAAAGACGCCCUCUGGAUCCAGUUAAAGUCACAUGCCUCCGAGAAUUCAUUAGGAUGCACUGCACCUCCAACCCUGAUUGGUGGAUGCCUUCAGAGGAACAGAUAAACAAAGUGUUCAGCGAUGCCGUGGGUCAUGCCCGCCAGGGACGGGCAGUGGGGACUUUUCUGCACAACGGUGGCUCAUUUUAUGAAGGGAUCGAUCACCAGGCCUCACAGGACGAAGUCUUCAAUAAGAGUUCACAGGAUGGAUCUGGGGAUUAGUGGACAAUCUCCCACCGCAGCAGCUGGGCUUUCCAGAGCUCCAAUUGUGAAUUUCCAUUUACUGUGACCUGAGAAUCCAAAGCAUGUUUUCCUAUAGUACUUUACACAUUCUCAACCUUAAAGCUUCACUUGUUGCCAUCGUUCCCAAAUAGAAAUGGAUGUUUAGGUUGUUUGGGAAGUCUCUGGCACCAACUACAGACUUUAGGACUAUUAUGUUAUAUAAAAAAAAAAAACAACUACAGUUGAUGUAAAGUUGAUUACUGGCUAGACAGUGAGGGUGGGAGAAAUAGGGGGUGGGGCUCCUUUACCUGUCCUGAAUCUUCAGAUAAGCUCUGCCUCUUGAGCAGAUCUGUGCCCCAAGGAACAGAAGGUUAGUGCUCCUACUCUAGGGAGAACUCCUACUGAUAGGCUGAGUCUAAGGAACAAGCAUUCUCUUAUUUUAAUCAUAAGUUGUCUUUAUGUUUUCCAAAGACUUGAAUCCAGAAUUCACAGCAGACACUGAAUGGUUGACACCUGUGCUCCCAUACGUUAUUACAAGGUCUAUUAGUAACUGAAUUCAGAACUCAGAGGUUAUCUGCUUUGACAGUGGUCAUUUAUAAUUAACUACUUUUUUUCUACUAGGGAAAACCUCCUCUGUGUUGAUUAAAAAGGCUUUUUGUGAUCUCUGGAGUUUACAAACAGUAAGUAGCUUUUACAUUAUAUCACUCAAGAAACAUCCAAAGAUCCAGAAACCAUUUUCAAAUACUCAGUUUCCAGAACAGCUAGAAUCCACCCUUUGCUCAGCCUUACUCCCGCUUUGUCUACAUGCCAGAGUGAUGGGUUGAACAGAGAAAGCACCUCUCAGUUUGAGGCACUGAAGACCAGCUGCAUGGUGUGACUGAUGGCGUUCAUUGCAUCGAUCAGGAUGUCUGGUAUGUGGGUGCAACUUCGAGGCCAUCCUGACUCUUAUGCAAUGGGCUCGUCAGUGGUUUUUCUGAAGGUUGAGGGUCUUUUGUGUGCCUACUUGACCUUGAGAAUUUGUAUGAAACCUCUGCUUCAUCGGUGAACCUGUUUUCAUGCUACAUGUCUGUGACUCUUUCCACCCCCCACUGUUGCCCAGAACUCCCAGUCUCUGGCAGAGUUCACACUGGUCCUCUCCUGCCCACGUCUCCUGUUUAAUUUAUUGACCUCCAUACAAGAAAUUAGUAGUAUCUUUGCAACCUUUCCUUACCAGAGGUGCUAGAAUCGUUACUUCUGAACACUUAGCUUUGAAUAUGAGCAGAUAUUCCUGUUAUUACCAAACUUGCUAGAUCACAAUUUUCUUUGUUGAGCAACAAGCUAAAUAGGAAAUAUUAUAGUAAUAGCUUUCUUGGAAGUUAGGAAUUUUAUCUACCAACACCAAAGUUUUGAAAAUAGGACAAAUAUUCAAAGUGAUUAGCAUCCAUUUAUAAAAUAUUUUUGGCUAUUUUUUCCAAAGUAAAAUCAUCAAUGACCAUUUGCAUUAAACAAUAAAGGGUAUCUAGUGUAUGUAAAUGCCUACACGGCAUCUUCCUCCAGCUUUUCUUCUGACUGGCUUGCAACCGCUGGUAAGCUUAAUGUUUAUGCGAUGGUCAUUAGCCAGAUUUGUCAAAAGGUGUAGGGAAAACUGAUAGUGAAAUCUCAAUGGGGGAAAAUUAACAGUAAUAUUUUGAAGUAAAAGAAACUAUAUGAGCAAAUGAGCUGUUUGUUCAGACAACAGUGAGACCAGUCUCUUUGUAUGUCCAGAGUUGAAAAGGAACUUGAUGUUUGUACAGAGGCUUUGGCAGUCUGUCUUAAGAGAUUCUUUGAUGGAGAGAAGUUGCAAGACCAGCACUGCUUCAUUUCUCUCUCUCACCUUAUCUUGUCUGUUUUUCUGUUUUGCACUGGCUUUAGUCGUUCUUGCUACAUUGUCCUUUUUUUCCCCUAUAGCAGCAAUCUUUGACCAUGGUUAGAAAAACCUUUAAUCAUUCUUGUUUUACUCUAAGUUUGACAUAUUAUGCAUAUUUCUUCUAUAUCAUUUUGGAGUCCUGUGUGGUUCUGGUCCUCUGUAGGGUGACGCGAGCUUUGUGCGCUCGCUCCACAUGGCCUUCAGUGACAUGACCUCAUCACAGGUGUGAGCCAAGGGGACAGGAACCUCAGAGGGCUGAGAUGUUCAUCACCUGUGAUCGAAAGCACCUGUGAUAGUUUACACACCAGCUUUGCUCCUAAAGCUCCCCUUCAUUCCCAUUUCAGGUGAAUUUUUUCUCUUAUUGAGCUGUUUGACAGGAUGUGUAUCACACAUUCUAGAAUGUACUGGAGCAUUACAUGUAGGACCAGCCAUCCUACACGUGAAGAAACCAAAGGCCCGUAGGGAUGAGAUGCUCAGCACCCACAACCAGUUCCAAUGUCUCUCUAGGGUCUAGAACUUGGAAUUCAGUCAGGCGCUCCAUUCUACCCCUGACUGUAAUUACUGUAUUUCUUUAACUUUCACUGCUUGUCCCCAGGUACUAGCAUCCACUUACACUUAGCCUUUGCUACAGCAUUAGCUCACAGAUUCUACUGGCUCCUCUUCUUAGCACCUGACCAUUUAAGACUGCUGUGCCACCUGAGUUGAUCCUGGUUUCCUUCAUGAUUACCUCAUUCUUAAAUCAGGGCUUACAAAUGAUGUCCUUUUGCUUUGUGGUAAGGUGACCUAUAUGUGUGACAAGCUUACAAGUUCAUCACUUAACCUUGAUGUCAUUGUUGCCCUGUCAGCCUUUUUAAUUGAUCUCUAGGCAUCUGAAAGCACUGCUUAUCUUAUUGAUUGGAUUUUCCACAUCCCUGUCUUGUGUGUUGAACAUAUUACCCUAACAAGAAGGCUUAGUCUUAGGUCAACUUCUACCGUUCCUGGUGUGAAAUAGG